UGUUUUACGGCAGUUGGCAUCCAAAGUGUCGCAUUACUGCCACCUACAGUUUACUCUCUCUUUAUAUCCAUUCGAAAUGAGUUUUUCCACUCCUGUCGUCCUUAAAAAAACUAAAUAUCCACUCCCUUUCUUGAACUAGUCCAAUGUUAAUGAACUCCCAACUUCUUAUCUGAUCCGCAUUCCAGUCCAGCAAGUGGCGGUAACGCACUCUUUGCCGCCAUUUUGGAAGAAGCUGACGAAGAAGAAGAAGAAAAGAAACAGUUUGUUGUGGAUUUGUCGUUGCUGGACUCGGGAGCAACAGAAGAAGGGAUUUGAGCUGUCUUAGACUGUGUUUGACACGGACGUGAUAUUUCCUGUUUUCACGGCUCUCCCUGGGAAUUAACACGGCUGAAUGGCUGUCUGCUGGUGGUUGUUGAUCCACUGCGUCUUGGUCACUUCAUCCUCGGCUCACAAUGACUUCUUCACCUCCAUCGGCCAAAUGACUGACCUGCUGUUCACAGAGAAGGACCUGGUCACCUCUCUGAAGGACUACAUCAGAGCAGAGGAGAACAAGCUGGAGCAGAUCAAAAGAUGGGCUGAUAAACUGGACGUCCUCUCAGUUGCAGCCACUCAGGACCCUGAAGGUUUCCUGGGACACCCGGUGAACGCCUUCAAACUGAUGAAGAGACUCAACACUGAGUGGGGGGAGCUGGAGAGUCUGGUGCUCACCGACAUGUCUGAUGUGUUCAUCUCUAACCUCACCAUCCAGAGGCAGCACUUCCCCAACGAUGAUGAUCAGACCGGAGCUGCUAAAGCUCUGAUGCGGUUGCAGGACACCUACCAGCUGGACACCAACACCAUCUCCACCGGAGAGCUGCCAGGCUCGUCCUCAGCCACCUCACACCAGACCGCUCUGACGGUGGACGACUGCUACGACCUCGGAAAGGUGGCGUACUCAGAGGCGGACUACUACCACACAGAGCUGUGGAUGGUUCAGGCCCUGAGGCAGCUGGACCAAGGAGAGACGUCCAGCACUGUGGACGCCGUCACCAUCCUGGACUACCUGAGCUACUCGGUCUACCAACAGGGGGCGCUAGAGAGAGCGCUGGAGUUCACCAAGAGGCUGCUGGAGCUCGACGCGACACACCAGCGAGCCAACGGGAACCUGAAGUACUUUGAGUACCAGCUGGCCAAACAGAAGAAGGUGGAGGAGAGAGAGGAGGGGGAGGGGGCUGACGGGAGGCAGAGGAGGGAGGCCAAGGGUCAACAUGACGACUACCUGCCCGAGAGGAAGAAGUACGAGAAGCUGUGUCGAGGCGAGGGCAUCAGGAUGACUCCUCGCAGGCAGAGUCGCCUCUUCUGCCGUUACUAUGACAACAACCGCCACCCAAGGUACGUGAUCGGUCCGGUGAAGCAGGAGGACGAGUGGGACCGCCCCCUCAUCGUCCGCUACCACAACAUUGUGUCGGACAAAGAGUUGGAGAAGGUCAAAGAGCUCGCCAAACCCAGGCUCAGACGUGCCACGGUGCAUGACCCUCAAACAGGCAAACUGACCACGGCCCAUUACAGAGUCUCCAAGAGUGCCUGGCUCGGAGCGUAUGAACAUCCGGUGGUGGACACGAUCAACCAGAGGAUCGAGGACAUCACUGGGCUGGACGUCACCACUGCUGAGGACCUGCAGGUGGCAAACUAUGGCGUUGGAGGACAGUACGAGCCUCAUUUCGACUUUGGACGGAAAGACGAACCGGACGCUUUUGAGGAGCUGGGGACAGGAAACAGAAUCGCCACCUGGCUGCUCUACAUGAGUGAUGUACAGGCAGGGGGCGCCACAGUCUUCACUGAUGUAAGAGCUGCUGUUUGGCCCAAAAAGGGGACGGCGGUGUUCUGGUACAACCUGUACCCCAGCGGAGAGGGAGACUAUCGGACCAGACACGCUGCCUGUCCCGUUCUGGUGGGAAACAAGUGGGUGUCAAAUAAAUGGAUCCAUGAGCGAGGGCAGGAGUUCAGGAGGCGCUGCGGCCUCCAGGAGACGGACUGACGACUGACUUGACGCCCCCCCCCACCCCCCCCCACCAAAAGCUGACUGGUUACACCCCCUCUUUCCCACCAGUACUUUCUACUGUACUACGUCCUCUUGUUUCUUUUAUUUAUAGAGUCGAACACAUGCAGCUCCGGCGUCACUUUAGGUUUUAAUGAUCUUUUUAUUCUCCCUUUAAUCUUGAUUCUAACUGCUGUCGCCUGAACGCAGCACAAGUUCAGAUAUUUUGUAAAUCAGCUUUCACGGAACGCUGCAAUUUUUCCUUUAAAUUCAGUCUGUGAACGCAGCAUCAGUGUCAGAACAGUUCUUUCUAGCUGAGAGUUACAUGUUCAGAGUGAUGCUACUCUCAUGUCUUCACAAUAAAUAUGAAGAUACAACCAGCAGCUAGUUAUCUUAGCUUAGCUUAGCUUAGCUUAGCUUAGCUUAAAGACUGACAAACCUGUGUAAACUGUUAGCCUGGCUCUGAUCAGGGUUUCUGCAGGUCUUUCCUCCGUGUCCUGCUGCUUAUCCAUAUCGUGAUUAACUAUUAAUGAAGGAUAUUAUUAGGCAUUAGAAAUACUGACAGAAAUGUGAUGUAAAUGUCAAUAAAUUUUGAUCACUUGGUGAAUAAUUCGAGGCCGUAUUGUCCGCACUGGUUUUACUCUGGAGCAGGAUUUAAAAGGUCUUAAAUUUGAACUGGGUGAACCUGCUGAAACCCUGUCUAAAGCUUACUCAUUAUCUAAUUUGAACAAAAAACAUCAAUUUGCAGUUUGUCAGGGCCCGAUUAUUUUUAAAUUAAUUUAUUUUUAAUUUCAAUUUGUCGUUUUUCCACUUCAGUUUUUGUGGAUUGAAGAUGAAUCUGUCCCUUUAACACGUCUCCUUCAUCCAGACAAACAGAUGGUCCUGGGUUUACAGAGGUUGUGUGACAGUAUCUAACACACAGAUCCUCUCCUCUGAUUCAAGUAAGUGUAUUCCUGAAAAUGUCAGUACCACUUUAGUACCACAAUAAGACUACCCUUAUAACGGAUUUAUAAAUGGUUUAUAACUGGUUUAUAACUAGUUUAUUAAUUAGCUUGUUAACACUUAAAUAAUUUGUAAGAUGCACACAGUCAUAUUAGAUAAAAAGGUCAACAGUGAUCUGUUUCUUGCCAAAUAGUGAACCCACUUGUAUCUGUACUGUGAAGCCUCAUAUCUCAUUAUUUACUGAGCUUUCUUUGUUUUCAAAUUAUCAAAAUGAGCAGAUUCAUCCUCUAAGGCCUUGACAGUGUUGUUGACCUUGACAUGUUCUCAGCAGCCGUCCUCAUUCUAAUCACAGCUGUUGAUCAGAUUGUUGUGCACAGUGGAGAUUAACACAGUGGAGCUGCUUUCUGCUGGUUGCUCUCUUCUUUAGGGCUUUAUCAUCCAGGUGGUAAACUUCCUUUCCUUGGGUAACUGUUCACCCAUUCUUUGUCCCACUCUUCACAUCUAUGUGAUUCUCCCUCCAUCAUCUUCAUGUUUCUUCAUCUCGUUUUUACAAACAUUUAUAAACACAUCAUCAUUAAUUAAUGAGUUACUAUAAGGCUCCUUUUACCAGUUAUAAAUGGCAAUAACUCAUUAGUAAGAUUAAUGAGUAAUAAGCAUCAACUUGAUCUUCCCAAAUAGUGAGCCUGCAUCAAUUAUGAAAACUGUGUUAUUACUUGUUUAUAAUAGUUUAUGAUUUAUAAAGUGUUAAGAACCGAAUUAUAAAUCAUUUAUAAAUCCUUUAUAAGGGUGGUGUGAUUGUAAAGUGGUGCUAAAAUGUCAAACUAUUGCUUUAAUGAUGAUUUGAAAAGCCUCCAUCUGGAUCUGGAGUCUGGACCCAACGUGGUAUGAAAACCUGACGUGGACUGAAGAUUUUAUUCAAGUCUAUAUAAAUACAACGGUCACAUGCUCAUAUGUACCUUUUAAAUAGUGAUGAGGCUUCAGACCUGAGCUGCUCUGACCUUUGUGGAUUCAGCCAAUCAUUGUCAACCAAUGUUGAACCUAAAAUAAUGACUGCAUAUCAAUCGACUGGCGUUAAGUACAGCGCCACCAGCAGUUCUGUUGUGGUAAAUACUGCGUCAACCAACGUGAAACAUGCAGCACGACACUCGUGAAUCUCCUUGACUUGAUUUUGAGCCUCAUUUUAUCUCGAGCUGAACUUGAGGAUUGUGUCUGACAUCACUCCCUGUUUGCUGUAUUGCACUAGAUUCACUUUUAUAGGAGUGUCUGAGUUCAGUGUGUAAAUGAAUCCACUGUAUAAGUUGACCAAAGAAGUCCAACAUGUCCUCUCUCCUAACAGUCCCACAUCACAACGCUAACAUCGGGCUUUUGUCUGAGGUAGAAACUCCUUGCAGUUGUGUGUGUCUUCAGUCCAAACAGAAAGACAAACUUGCAGUGGAAAAGGGGCCAAUUGGCUGUUAUUAGCGGGUUUACCCAUGUUUAAAAAACCCACUUAUACCUGCUAAUUUUGGGUAUAUCUGUUUCACCUCACAGGACAUAUGGGCAUGUGGCUAUUGUGAUAGACUUAAAAAAAAUCUUAAAAACCCAUCCUCCACCUGAUUAUCUGUCCUUCAUCACUCCUUCAUCACUCCUUCUUCACUCCUUCACUCCUUCUCUGACCUCAGAGCUGAAUCACUGAAAACAUGUCGGCCUCAAACACAGCACGACUUUUAUUUAAUGCAGAAAAAUGUGUAUGUGAAGUUGAACUCCUGUUUGUGUCACUGGAAUGAUAAUUUUGUUAAAAAGCAUUUAAGAAUAUCAUGGUCAAUUUGUUCUGUGCAGUAUGAGAUGAUGGAAAAUGUGUUUCUAAUCAGGAUAAAUAAAGUAUAAAGUGCUGCUGCAAAAGAAAUUCAGCACUGUGAGAAAACAGUGAUCUUGAGUUUUUUUUUUGUUUUUUUUACUUAAAUAAAAAAUGUAAAUUCUCACACAUUUAUGCACAACAAAGUUUUGUAUUAUUUGUCAUUUUUGGUCAUAACAUUGUGAGAAUUUCAUCCUAAAUGUUGGACGCUCUCUUCAAGUUUCACAAUCGAUUUAAAGAAAGAGUUUGACAGUUACAUAGAGCUGCAGCGAUAAAUCAUUUUGUGGAUCCUGACGCCAAGUUCUAUAUGUGUUGUCUGGAUGUUAUUUUGUUGUAAUUUGAUAAAACACAGCUAGAACCAAAACAAUUAAUUAAUUGCAGGUUAAUUUACUCUCAAUCAACAACUCGAUUGACAGUUUUGAUCAAUGCUAAAAGUUUUUCAGAUACAAAUGAGAUGCAUGUUAAUCACUGAUCUUUGCUUUCAAA